GUUGAAAACACUAUGAGUAAAUCUAGAUCUGAUAUGUUUGGGUCCUCGGACAGGAGUUGCAAGAAGAAAGUCGCUCAGGUAGCUGGUCUAAGGCUUCGCGGGAAGCCAAGCUAUGUUGUGUGCCGGGGAAAGAUGGCUCCCGAACUCACGGAAGUCGAUAGCUCGACUGACCUCAGACAACCUUGCAACGUAGCUCUCCAGCAAGGAGUUCAAGACAUUAUGAAGCACCAACAGAACAUAGUUAAACUGGUGGAUGGUAUGUACAGGGACAUCGCUGGGACAUCGUCAGAAAGGUUUCGAGCAGAGGAAUGAUUACACUAACUAGUUGGCCACCGAGUGGUGUGGGCUAUGUGAAAAAUUUUCAGUUAAGCUAAUAUUGAUUGCGAUCCAAGUUUCAUACAUCCAGUCCAUUCCAACCAAUGCAUUUGUGUGCCCGCGACAUUUAUUGCUUUAC